AUUUUAUUUUCAGGACAAGAUGGCGCAAUCAGUAUUCGGAGUAUGGGACUACGCCAUAAUGGCCUUAACAAUGAUCGCAUCCAUCGCAAUUGGACUAUAUUUUCGCUUCAGCGGCGGAAAACAAAAAACAAAUGAGGAGUAUCUUCUCGCAGAUCGAAACAUGUCUAUACUGCCCGUGGCAGUUUCCCUGAUGGCAUCAUUCAUGUCGGCCAUUACGCUUCUUGGGGUGUCAUCAGAAAAUUAUUCCUAUGGAAUGCAAUUCGUCGUCAUCAACAUAUCGUAUGGCAUCGCCACGCCGAUCGCAAGUCGGUAUUACCUGCCAGUGUUCUUCGGACUACAGAAGACGAGUACUUAUGAAUACUUGGAACUGCGCUUCGGGCCUCACAUACGAAUGCUAGCCUCCCUCACAUACACUUUACAAAUGGUGCUCUACAACGGUAUCGUGCUUUAUGCUCCUGCUAUAGUCCUCGAAGCCGUCACAGGCCUGGACAGACUGAUAUCAAUACUAGUCGUUGGAUUGGUGUGCACUUUCUACGCAACUUUAGGCGGAAUGAAAGCCGUAAUCUGGACUGAUCUUUUACAAUCCCUGUUGAUGUUCGGUGCUGUGUUCAGCGUAGUUGUAUUCAGUUCUGUACAGCUUGGAGGCUUUGGGAAAAUUUUUACAAUUGCGAAAGAGAGAGGAAGGCUUGAGUUUGACAGUUUUACUUUCGACCCGACAGUAAGGAAUACUUGGUGGUCACUGAACUUCGGAGGUUUGAUCACCUAUUUGUCUCUGUAUGCGGUUAAUCAUACUCAGAUUCAGCGUCUUCAGACGGUGAGAACGCUGGAGCGCUCCCAGGCGUGUUUGUGGUGGAGCUGGCCGGUGCUCUCCGUGCUGAGCAUCUGCACGUGCAUGAGCGGGCUCGGCAUUUUCGCCGUGUACAAGGACUGCGACCCGCUGGCGGCUGGCAGUAUCACUAAGAUGGACCAGCUAAUGCCUUACUACGUGGUGGACGCGAUGAAAUCCGUGCCCGGCCUGGCGGGUUUGUUCGUGGCCGGCAUCUUCAGCGCCUCGUUGUCCACUGUGUCAGCCGCCUGCAACGCUCUCGCUGCCGUCACGCUCACUGACUACGUUGGCAAAUGGUGCCACGUGCGUGACUCGUACAUCCCCUGGCUGACGAAGCUGGCUGCCUGCGGAUAUGGUCUCGUGUUCCUGGCUCUGGCCUUUGUGGCUGAACAUUUGGGCGGCUUGCUUCAAGCAGCGCUCACCAUCUUCGGAGCUGUCGGAGGACCAAUGCUCGGAGUCUUCACUUUGGGCAUGUUCACUACCUUCGCUAAUGAAAACGGUGUUUGCGUGGCCCUGCUCAGCGGGAUGGCUGUAACACUGUGGAUCAGUUUCGGAGGCCCGCGGCCGACGCCUGUCAGUCUGCCGGUCAGCGUGGCUGGGUGUGCAGCCAACAUUACCCUACCAGAGACUCGGACUACGGAUCCUAGUGACUACUUCUACUUGUACAGAGUGUCUUACUUGUGGACUAGCCCAAUCGGCUUAUUAUGGGUGCUGGUGGUAGGCUCGCUCGUGUCGCUAGCGUGGAAGCGGCAGCACCCGUGGCAGCGAGCUGGGCGCAAGCAUCCCGACCCAGCACUCUUCACACCGCCUCUCGCUCGCCGGUUGCGACACACGCAGGAGACGAAAGCUGAUGUACAGUGCGAGCUGUUGAAGCAGUGAGCAACCGAACAUGCUACGUAGCGUAAUUUAUUUAUGUUUUGUAUUUUGAAUUUAGAUUUAUUUCAUAAUUAAGUAGCGAAUGGUAAAAAAAAGUAGUAAAUCUAAAAAAAUUAAGUAUAUGAUAUUCUUGUCCUUUUUCAGUGAUAUUUUAGCUAGACAGACAAUUUUUUUUAAGUUAGGUAAGUGUAUAACUAAAAAACUAUAAAAUCGAUAUUUGGCCGUAACACGAAAGUCUCGAAUAAAUUAAAGCUAUUGCUUUUGUUGUGAUUGUUAAACCUAUAUCUUAGUGAAAAUACCUAUAUAUACACUCGUAAUAGUAGGUAUAGUCGUUCGAUUUGUAGCUGGCCCCGAACGGCUAAUCCUUUGUCUAUUUCUAAGUAAAACGGCAUAUAUGCGGAUACUGUAAUUGUUAUUCAGUGUGUAAUGACUUAAAUGGGUACUUAAGUAGUCACAUUCCUAAAUAGACCAAUAGAAAGUAAGUAGACCAAUAUAAGUCUGCAACGAUAUUGAUAGCGCACGCAGUACAAGUGUUAUUUUUACGUCAUCAUUUCAUAGAAGUUUGACGUUUAAAAUAACACUUGCACUGCUUGUGCUAUCAAUAUCGUUGCAGAAUUUUCUUGGUCUAACUCUAGGUACGUAGAGUCAGUGCAGAGUUAGCUUAGACAGUCUCUAUUAUUUACCAAUUUACUUAUGAUAACUCAAGUACUUAAUAGUUGUAAUUGAAAUUUUUAAAUUUCACCAUAUCCUCAAAGGUCCAGAGUUGUUAAGUAUAGAUUUAUUAACGGUAGCAUCCAAGUAAAUUCGAAGAAAAGCCAGGGUAAAUCGCCAAGGUAGCAUAUUUCAUGAUAUUUUUCAUAUAAGGUGCAGCGGGUCAAUUUCGACUGCUGGGUAAUUUCAACUAACCGGAAUAUCUUCCAUGUUUUACAUUAUUAACUAGAGUGCAAUAAAUGUCCUGAUAGCGAAAAAGAUGUGUUGUGUGUGACUUUAGUUAAUAAUGUAAAACAUGGAAGAUAUUUCGAUUAGUUCAAAUUACCCCGCAGUCGAAAUUGCUCCGCUGCACCUUAGGUAUUUCUUUUAGGAAUAUAAAAUACUGUAAAUUUCGAAACUUUGAGGUCUUGUUAUACUAUACAAGAUAUAACAAAAUAGCGGGGAUCCGUUUAAGGGCAUAUUCGGUGUCGUGUUCUGAUUAGGAAAAAUUACCUAGAUUUUUUUUUACCGCGAAUACCCUUCAUACAAAGUCCAAAAAUUAUGCCUUUGUAAAAGUAAUAAAAAUUUUCUUCUACUUUUUUCUAAUCAGAACACGAUACCAAACAUGCCGUUAAACGGAUCCCCACUAUUCUUGUUACAUCCUGUAUAGUAAGGGUAGGUUGAAAAAAUACCCUGUAUAAUAAUAUGACAAUGUUAUUACUUAGGGUACUUAUUUUUGUAGUACGGUAGUAAUUGUGCUUGACAAUAACCAUUUAAGAGUAACGUAAUAAUAGUUAUUUACGAUACAAGUGCGGAAAGGCGAUAAAUUAAAACACGACCGAAGAGAGUGCGUUAAAUUAUCACCACUCGUUGCGCAUUUCCUACUUUCCGCAAUUGUAUCGUAAAUAAGAAAUAACUAUAGUUCGUUUCUUUAGCAUUAGAAAAGGACUACGCGAUCUUGACGUGUCUUUUAAUUGAAAAACGCUUUUUAAAAAUCUGUAACUAUUAUUUAUGAAAGCAAAAUAAUGUAAAUAAUCAUAAAUGAUUCAUAAAUUGUUACAUAUUUGCCGUGACUUAUUUUUCAAAAGCGUUUUUCAAUAAAAAGACACGUCAAGAUUGUUUACCUUUUUUCUAAUGUUAAAUGAACGAACUAUAAGUUUUACUUUGCUUCCCACUAAGUAAUUGGGCUCCAACAGUUUUGUUAUAUGAAAACUAUAUCACAACCUCAUUUAAGUGUUACAAAAAAGCAAAGUAGGCACAUUUUGCGGUAAAAAAUUUAUAUGAGUUAUAUCGGCAAUGGCACUGCACAGCUGUGAUAGUUUUACGAGAAACCGAUCUUCCAUUGCUUAUAAGUAAAGUUAUUUAUUGAAUAGUAGGUGUAAAACUGUAUUUUUAAUAUAUAAGUUUUGUAAUGAAUAUUGCUAUUUUAAGUAUUAGGUACGUUACAAGAGUGAACCUCGAAUGAUAAAUGUUGCAUUUUUAGCUACUUAUAUAUUAAUUUCGUUUAGAUAAUUAGGUGAAUGUUGUUAGGUGUUGUUUUAUGGUGAAUAUAAUGAAAUUUGGAUGUUUA